GCGCCUGCUCUCCUCCUCCUCCUCCUCCUCCUUCUGCUGCUCGCUCCCGACCGAGGCGCGCCCCCGAGGCCUGCUUGGCCCCUCCUUCCUUCCUUCCUUCCCUCCCUCCUCCUCCUCUUCUUCUUCUUCUUUGCCGGCCGGCGCUUCAAAAGCCUUUCUCCUUCUUCAGCCCCAGCAGCAUCGGGAGAGGCGGCCUUUGGAAGCGUGCUGCGGGUCGGAGGAGCCCCGCAGCCGGGUCCUUGGUGCCUGGGUCCCUCCCCGAGAGGCCGGCCUCCUUCUCCCGGGCUCUGCUUUGGGCCGGAGAAGCUCCCCGAGCGAGGCCCGCUCCGUGCGCCCUGCGCCUUUUGACGCACCGGGAGGCAGAGGAGGCGGAGGCAUGGCGCUGGGCGGCGAGGGCCUGAAGAAGCGCCCUUCCUCGGCCUCGGGGGGCUGCCCUCCCGAGGAAGAAGGGCAGGGCAUGCUGGAGGCCGACGGGGGGAAGGAGAACGUGGCGCUGCAGCGGAGCAUCACGCUCUCGAACGGCGUGGCCAUCAUCGUGGGCACCAUCAUCGGCUCGGGCAUCUUCGUGGCGCCCACCGGGGUGCUUCGGGAGGCCGGCUCCCCGGGGCUCUCGCUGGUGGUCUGGGCGGCCUGCGGGCUCUUCUCCAUCGUGGGCGCCCUCUGCUACGCCGAGCUGGGCACCACCCUGGCCAAGUCCGGCGGGGACUACGCCUACGUCCUGGAGGUCUACGGGCCCCUGCCCGCCUUCCUCAAGCUCUGGGUCGAGCUGCUCAUCAUCCGGCCCUCCUCCCAGUACAUCGUGGCCUUCGUCUUCGCCACCUACCUCCUCAAGCCCCUCUUCCCCCACUGCCCCGUCCCCAGCGCCGCCGCCAAGCUCCUGGCUGCCCUCUGCGUCCUCCUGCUCACAGCGGUCAACUGCUACAGCGUGAAGGCGGCCACCCGGGUCCAAGACGGCUUUGCGGCGGCAAAACUCCUGGCCCUUUCCUUGAUCAUCAUCCUUGGUUUUGUGCAGCUGGGAUUGCAUGAUGUUCCGAACCUAAGCCCCGAACACUCCUUUGAAGGCACAAACACAGAUGUUGGGAACAUCGUCCUGGCCUUGUAUAGCGGUCUUUUUGCCUACGGAGGCUGGAAUUACUUGAAUUUUGUCACAGAAGAGAUGAUUAAUCCUUACAGAAACCUGCCUCUGGCUAUCAUCAUUUCUCUCCCCAUUGUCACCUUGGUUUAUGUGCUGACCAACCUGGCUUACUUCACCACCCUGUCGGUGGACGAGAUGCUGUCAUCCGAAGCCGUUGCCGUGGACUUUGGGAACUAUCACUUGGGCAUCAUGUCUUGGAUCAUCCCUGUCUUCGUUGGGUUGUCGUGUUUUGGCUCCGUCAAUGGGUCUCUUUUCACUUCAUCUAGGCUGUUCUUUGUUGGCUCUCGGGAGGGUCACCUGCCAUCUGUACUCUCCAUGAUCCAUCCCAGACUCCUCACGCCGGUGCCUUCCCUCAUCUUCACAUGCAUCAUGACUUUGCUCUACGCCUUCUCCAACGACAUUUUCUCGGUCAUCAACUUUUUCAGCUUUUUCAACUGGCUCUGUGUGGCCCUGGCUAUCAUCGGGAUGUUGUGGUUGCGUUACAAGAAGCCAGAGCUGGAGAGGCCUAUAAAGGUUAAUCUCAUUCUGCCCGUCUUCUUCAUCCUUGCCUGCGUCUUCCUUAUCGUCGUCUCCUUCUGGAUGACCCCAAAGGAGUGCGGCAUUGGGUUUGCCAUCAUCCUCAGUGGGAUCCCCAUUUACUUCAUUGGCGUCUGGUGGCAAAACAAACCCGAGUGGCUUCUUCAGGGCAUACAGUCCACAACAGUCUUGUGCCAGAAGCUGAUGGAGGUCGUCCCCCAAGAGUCUUAAAGGAAACCUGGGGGAAGCAUCAACAUUUUUUGGUUCAAGCCAACGCACAAUAUUCUUUUUCGGAAGAAAACAAAAACCCAUGAGUUUGUCCGAUUCCUCCGUUGUUUUUCCAUUAUGCUUUUGUUUUUAAAAUCAAAGUCGGGGGAUUGAGCAGAGAGCAGUCCCUAGACGCCUUGCCACCGGAAAGUCCUUGCUUCCGCCUUUCACUCCAUCCAGGCAGCUGUGACAAAAUGGAGAUGGAGGGAGAAGUUAAAAAUUACUCCCAAGAAGAGAAGCUUCUGCUGGGAGCCUCCAAAGGCCUCCAGACAAUCUACAGGGACAUUUAGGUUUCCAUGCUCAGCUAUGAGCAUAGACUCUUAGCUCUGAUCUUGACCAGUCCUCUUUUUAUUUAGUUCGCCGCUUUGCUCCUCCAGAAGUUUGCUUUCCUUUCCAAAAGUUCACCAAGAGCCGCCUGCUUCCCAUAGAGCUGCCUCCAGGUUUUGCAGGAAAAAAACACCACAACAACAGAAAAUCCAAUGGAACUGAUUCAUCCGGCAAUGCAGGGUUUUCUUGGGAGGAGAAAAAUAAAAAAGCCAAGGUUUUCUUUAGCUUUACACUCCUUUGUGCAAAUGGACAGGGGCACUCCCACAAGUGACAGGCACGAAUCUGUCAUUGACCUACUUUGAUAUCAACUAGUUCUGAUUCUGAAAUAGUUGGAUGCCCCAACAUGAACUUUUAAAACAUUGUCUUAGUUGUUUAUUAUUAUUAUCAUUAUUGUUUUUUAGGGAUCUACUUUUUUUUAUUUUUCAGACUUUUUUGUCUCUUCUUUUAAAAGACUCCCAGCCUAAUUCUGUUAUGACCUAACAAUAAACAUUUUAUAUGUU